AUGAAUCAUUCAAGCCAAAUUAAUCUGAUAGGAGAUGAAGAUGAAGACUAUAUAUUACUCCGUAAUGGUAAAAGAACUCAUUUUUAUCAUCGUUUAUCAUGCAAUACGAAGAAAUCAAAACCAGAAUCUUAUAUUUCAAAUUCUCAUAGAACAUUUGGUGUAAUUGUAUACGUUUUUAAUUGUAAUAUCUUACUGGCUGCCCAUGAAAUAAUGCGAUCAGAAACAGUGAAAGAAAUUUUAGCUGGUCUAUGCGAUAUCAUUCGUAUUACAAGUGUUAAUAAAGAUACAGUUAAACCUGAUGAUAUGGCAGACUGUUGGUUACCGAAGACAAUUUUCACUUUUUUAAAUUUUUCAAAUAAAUAUUUUUAA